ACAUUAAUUUUCCCUCCCUAAACUUUCUUAAACCCAAAAAAAAAACGUAAAUACGGGGUAUAACGGAAACCUCUUACCUCUGCGUUCCUAUUUCCUUUCUAAUAUUCUAACGGCUCUUCUCUCCAUCCCCCUUUCUCUGUCCUACCAUUACUGCAUUUCUAGUAGCUUAAAUCACUACUUAAAAUUUACAUUUUCCAAAAAUUAGGGUUUCAUCAAAACCCUAAAAAUUCGCUGAAAAUCCUCAAUCGAAUUUCUUCAAAGUUCAACGUUGACGUCUCACAAUCACAGAAAAUUGGGCCUUUUAAUCAAUAGAUAUUCGGAAAAGUAGCGUGUUUCUUAGAAUGGAAACCACUUGCGAAUCUCUUCUCUUUGAAUUGAAGGAAAUAUGGGAUGAAAUGGGAGAAGAUGAAAGUGGAAGGGACACUAUGCUUUUGGAAAUUGAGCAAGAGUGUUUGGAGGUAUAUACCAGAAAGGUUGAUCAAGCAUACAAGUGCAGGGCUCAGUUACGUCAAGCAAUCGCUGACGCGGAUGCAGAGCUUGCACAGAUUUGUUCUUCCAUGGGUGAAAGACCCAUCAAUAUAAGGCAGCCUGAUCAGAAAGAUCUUGGCUUAAAGGAAGAAUUGAACAUGAUCAUUCCUUUUCUGGAGGAAAUGAGGAAGAGAAAGAGUGACAGAAAACAGCAAUUUGUUGAAGUUCUUGAUCAAAUCAGCAUCAUCUCGACCGAGAUUUAUAGGUCUGCGGCUGAUAAUGUUUGCCAUAGGGCUGUGGAUGAGAAUGAUUUGAGUUUGAAGAGACUAGAAGAUCUGCACUCCCAGCUUCUUGGACUGCAGAAAGAGAAGAGUGACCGUCUGAAGCAGGUUCUUGACAACUUGAAUACUUUGAAUUCCUUGUGCAUGGUACUUGGCAUGGACUUCAAGGACCAGAUACGUGACAUACAUCCUACUCUUGAUGAAUCUAAAGGGUCCAAAAACAUUAGCGAUGAGACAAUUCAAAGGCUAUCUACUGCCAGACACAACUUGAGAGAAAACAAGAUACAAAGGCUACAAAAGCUUCAAUAUCUUGCUAGUACGAUGUUGGAGUUAUGGAACUUGAUGGAUACUCCACAAGAUGAGCAGCAUAUGUUUCAUAAUGUAACCUCUAAGAUAGCUGCUUCAGAACCUGAAAUUACUGAGCCCAACUGUCUUUCCAUGGAUUUCAUCAACUAUGUCGAGGCUGAAGUGAAAAGGCUUGAAAAUUUGAAAUCGAGCAAAAUGAAGGAACUUAUUCUGAAAAAGAAGUCUGAAUUGGAGGAGAUUUGCCGGCAAGCACAUAUGGUCGUAGAAUCACAUAGUCUGAAGCAUUUUGCAGUUGAAGCUAUAGAUUCCGGAGCCAUUGACCUUUCCUAUAUGCUAGAACAAAUGGAACUUCAAAUCUCAAACGCCAAGGAAGAAGCUUUUAGCAGGAAGGAUGUACUCGAAAGACUUGAGAAAUGGAAGGCUGCAUGUGAAGAGGAAUGUUGGCUAGAAGAAUACAGUAGGGAUGAAUGCCGUUAUUAUGGUGGAAGAGGCGGACAUCUGAGUUUGAAGCGUGCUGAAAAGGCUCGUAUACUGGUCAACAAAAUUCCUGCAAUGGUAGAGACCUUGACUUCAAAAAUCCAGGCAUGGGAGGAAGAAAGAGAAGCAGAGUUCUUUUAUGACGGGGUUCAGCUACUCUCUAUGCUUGAAGAUUACAGCAUGUUACGGCAAGAGAAGGAGAAAGAGCGUCAGAGACAAAGAGAUCAAAAGAAACUUCAGGGAAGACUUCUAGCAGAGAAGGAGGCACUUUUCGGUUCAAAACCAAGUCCAACAAAGAGUGUUAAGAAGGCUCCUAGAUAUUCAAUGGCUGGUGCAACUGCUGCUGUUAACAGGAGAUACUCUGUUAGUGGCCCAAUGUUGCAAAGACAAAACUUAAAACCUGAAAGAAGUGCUCUUCAUUCACACCCUAUCAAAAAAUUAGCCCAAUUUCAAGAUGGAGGCAAGAGAAACAACACACCUUCUGGUCAACUACACAAGAAGCAGGCCAAAGCCACAAAUCCAAAUGAUCUCGGGUCACCAAAGAGACGCAAGCCUUUUACUCUCAUUCGAGGUCCUGUUACUGCCACUGUCCACCCAAAUAAUACUCCAGAAAAACAGAAUAGGACACCACCAAAAACACUUUCUGCUGGAAAUACUCCAAUUAGCACGCCAACCAAGUUAAAAUCUGAUGGGAAAGGAGAAAAUGGGAGCACUCCAAAGAAGCUAGCAACUCCUGUGAAAGUCAGUCCAUCAACGCUGUCAAACAAGUCUGCUUCUCCCUACACUCCUGCUUCUGUUAGAGUUCAAGAUGUUGCAAAAGAUGGCGACUUUGAGUAUUCCUUUGAAGAAAUCAGAGCUGGCUAUGUCCUGCCUCAGAGGACGCUAAAAUCUGCAUUGCAAUUUCUAGAAGCUUCACCAGUUUUUUAGUUGAUUAUCAAAUGAUUUUGAUACUUAUAAUAAUAAUAGUAGGUAAGGAGGUUUUCUGAAUAGUGUGCAUGGUCAAUGCUAAAACUAUGUUAUCUGCUAUAGAAAUUUGACAGAUAUGUA